AUGGACCAUCGCAGCUAUGCCAUCGCUUGGAUCUUGUCCACCCCCGAUCACCACUCUAUCGCUACUUCGUUCUUCGAUGAGACCUAUCAUCAGUUCCACAGCGCAGCCUGGAAUAUGACCUACAGCACUGGCAGGGUCGGGCAGCACAACGUUGUCGCUGCGAGCAAGGGUACUGCCACCACAUCUCAGAACUCUGGAGAUGUCGUCGACAACUUGCUACAGGAGUUUCCAUCUAUUAGAGCGGGAUUCUUAGUGAGCGUCAACGCGAUAACGUCUCACAAGGGACCUGCACGUGUGGGCGAUGUUGUGGUUGGAACGCGACCAAGCCUGCAGAAUGGCAUACUCUACUUCAAUGCCAAGGAGACGAGGGAACAAAACCGUCUGGUCGUGACCGGCGAGCCAAAACACGUCCCUGAACAGAUCGCAGAGGCUGUUGAGGGCUUCCUCAAUCAGAAAGGACGUAACGACUGGCUGCGAGCCAUCGCUAAAGGCAGCACUCAGUGCCAGCGGAUGGUUUUCCGCGGUUUGAUAGCGUCUUCAAAACAGCUCCUUAACGAUGCAGUUCUCGUUGAUCGCCUCAGAGGCGAGAAUAACGUCGUCUGCUUUGAGACGACUGCUGCAAGUAUAAAGUCUCAGUCACUUACAGUCGUCGCUGGUAUUGCCGGCUACGCUGGCAGUGGCCAGAAUGACUUGCCAUCUGCCGAGGUUUGCAAGCUUGUUAUUUCUUAUCUGAGCUGUUUGACCCGUCGUGUCAACACCAAUGUCGUUUCUGAACCGCCACUGACAAGCUACUACCACUACGAACCCAUUGACCUUGAACGCCCAGGGUUUCGACUUCUCAGCCUCGAACGAGGGUUCAAGGGUGAGCCGAUUCGGUGCCGCAUUUUUCAGGCAUAUCUAUACAACAAAUCGGAUGAAGCCAACAAACAUAACGACCUAAGCCUCAUACCAUACGAAGCGCUGUCAUACUGCUGGGGAGACAGUACAAGGCUCCGCCACACUGUUGCAGUGGAUGGAAAAGUGCUUUUCGUUACGGAAAACUUGCUUGAUGCCCUCAAGAAUUUAAGACGCGAUUAUGAAGAUCGCAUACUCUGGGUUGAUGCUCUUUGCAUUGACCAAAGCAACAUUAGAGAACGUGGACACCAGGUUGAAUGCAUGGGCAAAGUGUACGAAUAUGCCGACAGUGUCUUGUGUUGGCUAGGUCAUGUCGAACAUACCACCAGCCAUCUCAUCACGCUGUUUCAACGGUUCAAGAGGAAUGUUCCACAAGUGGCAUGGGAGAACUGGCCCCUUCAUGAUUCCAGAUGGUCCCAUACCUGGGAGCAGACACUGAGCGGCCAGCCAAAUCAUGACUAUCCAUCACUACUGAGGCGCCUAAUGGCUAAUGAAUGGUUCAGUCGUGUCUGGAUUCUGCAGGAGGUAGCCAAUGCCGGCAAGGCUUCUCUUGGCUGUAGUGAGGGCUGGGUUGAUUCAAAAUCCUUUACUAUGGCACCAACGCUUCUUGGUGUCCAGCCAGACAGCCAGUGCCAAGCCAUCAUUGAUAUUAUGCCCGGUCCAUCAAGGAAGUUUUCAUGGUGGUCACAGGAGUCAAACAUCUCGACCCUGUUGUGGAGAUUCAGAGACUGCCAAGCGAGUGAUCCUCGCGAUCGGCUGUAUGCCCUUCGAGGUCUUGCUUCUGAUGGCAAGAGGUUUGAGGCAGACUACACCAAAACGGAAGAGGCUGUUAUGAGGGAUGUUGUGGCUUAUUUGUUUGACCAAGAGAAUCCCUCGGAUACUUUCGGCCCAGCAAACAUUGCAGACCUGCAGAUAAAAAUACCUGAUCUUUCCGCUAUCACUCUGGAAAAAAAGGUCCUAUCUGGAGCAAUGAUCGAGGAGGUGAAAAAGUUCAUGCAGAAGCAGAACUCGACGGUGUCGCUCUCGGAAGCUGUCAUCAACUACACUUGGUGCACCCAAUCAGACCUGAUGGCUUAUUUCGAGACUGGGCCAGCGUUCCAGGAUCUUGUUCUCGGAGAUAUUUCCCAAGGUUUGGCAAACAAGCAUACGAAGGCUUUGGGAAGAUACUUGGAAGAAAGGGAGGGCUACGUGCUGGUUACUCAAGAGACUAUGCAGGCCAUAUCCCGGAACGGUAUAGACCUGGCUCAACUGGUAUCACAACCUGGCCGAGACGAUAUUAAAGUUACUGCAGCGCUAGUCAAACACAUCGCACGACAGGGGCUAGACUCGUUCAAAAUGCUUCUCAACAGCCGCAUGAGCGAAGUUGCUGAUAGCAUUAUUAGAGCUAGAGAAUUUGAUGGAGACUUGAUGGUGUUGUUGCUUGAUCAACAAGGCGAAAAAUUCCAGAUCACAGAAGACUUUGUCAAAAUGGCUGCCGGGAAUAGCUUCUCCGGCGAGGAGGCCAUGAAGUUACUACUUGAUCGACGAGGAGACGAAGUCAAAAUUACUGAAAACGUCAUCAAGGAGGCUGUAGGCAAUAGGCCGUAUGGUCAGAAGAUAAUAAAGCUGUUGCUUGAUCGACGAGGAGAGGAAGUCAAGAUCACAGAAGACGUUGUUAAGGCCGCUGUAGGUAAUCGAGUUUCUGGCGAGAAAGUGAUGAGGUUGUUGCUUGAUCGACGAGGAGAGGAAAUCAACAUCACAGAAGACGUCGUCAAGGUGGCUGUAGGGAAUAGGUCGUCUGGCAAGGAGGUGAUGAGUUUGUUGUUUGAUCAACGAGGAGAGGAAAUCAAAAUUACAGAAGAUAUCGUCAAAGAGGCAAUAGGGAAUAUCUUGUCUGGUGAGAAAGUGAUAAAGCUGUUGCUUGAUCGACGAGGAGAGGAGAUCAAGAUUACAGAUGACAUCGUUAAGGCGGCUGUAAUGAGUAGAGAUGAGAAGGUCACGAGGUUGUUGCUUGAUAGAAAGCAAAGAUUGAAGCCACAAGUGGGUUAA